AUGGACGCCAGGCAGGCAGCAUCACUGCUGCUGGUGCUGCUGUUAGUAACAGACAGGAGCCAUGCUGAAGGACCGGGGGGCUGGGAUGGAGGAGACCAGAUCUUCACGGGGGAAGACAGUGGUGCCCACCCACCACAGGAUGCUCAGACCCCCAGGUCGCUCCUGCGCUCCCUGCUCCAGGCCAUGCAGAGACCUGGCCGGAGUCCAGCCUUCCUGUUUCAGCCCCAGAGGUUUGGCAGAAACACCCGGGGCUCCUGGAGCAACAAAAGACGGAGUCCCCGAGCUGGAGAGGGGCUGAGUUCCCCCUUUUGGAGCCUGGCUGCCCCUCAGCGCUUCGGGAAGAAGUGA